AUGCGUGACGCCAUGGCACGACUAGGAGGAGACUCCUCUAAGAUCAACCCUCUGGUGCCUGUGGACUUAGUGAUUGACCAUUCGGUGAUGGCAGAUUAUUCCAGGAAUGCACAAGCUCUUGAGAGGAACCAAGAAUUAGAGUUCAAGAGGAAUCGCGAGCGCUUCGGGUUUCUAAAGUGGGGGGCUAAGGCGUUUAACAACCUCAAGAUUGUCCCUCCUGGCUCUGGUAUUGUUCAUCAAGUCAAUCUCGAGUACUUAGCAAGAGUGGUUAUGGGAGCUGAUGAAGUUGCUCCUGGUGCGGUACUCUAUCCUGAUUCUCUGGUUGGUACGGAUUCCCAUACUACGAUGAUUGAUGGCUUGGGCGUGGCUGGUUGGGGAGUUGGAGGAAUUGAAGCUGAGGCUGUGAUGCUCGGACAG